UUCUCUGGACUCCUGAUAUGAAGCUGCAGCAUCGUUGUUCUUUUCAUCUUCAGAAAUAAGCAUGAAGUCUUUUCUGUUGUCCGUCUGGACGGCUUCAUUCAUCUUCGUCCAUAUCUCUCAGUGUGUGAGUGGAAAGGACUGUGUGUGUGAGCUGAAGAACUUGCAGCCUCCUUUCCCGAUGGAGAAACUCGAAUCAUUCCUCACGUCAGCGUAUCUAUGCACCAAGACUAUCAGUUCAACAGAGUUCAUGGAGGUGGAUACACUGAUGUUGGGGGUGCAGCAGCGGCUGGAGCAGCUGGAAGAGAGAGUGUCUGUGUUGGAGAAGGAGGAUGAUGGUGGUCUGUACGGAGCUGUUUCGCUGCGAAUCAUUGAGCUCGAACUCGAUGAGAUCCUGGAGCUCAUGAGUAAACUGAACAGAACCAUUGACUCCCACAGGCAGAUCAGUCAGAGCACCGCAACCAAGCUGCACAGUAUGACCAAGGGCAUGCGGGAGCUGGAGGCUUUGGAUAUUUCCAACGUGGUAAGCAAAGAGCGGGAAAAUCAGCGUGUGAAGAGAGACUUAGCUAAAUGUGAACAUAAGCUUCAAGCCACUCCUCAGCCUCCCACUCCUCAGACACGACACUGUCCACAAGGCCAAUUGGUCAAUGUGACCGGUCCUAGGACUUACGCCCUCACCAAAUACGGAACCUCGUACCCAUAUGGCGCCUGGGGAAAAGACCCAAAACCUGCUCCAGGGAAGGAGGACAUGUACUGGCUUGUAGCUUUAACCAGCAGCAGCGUUUAUGCAAACUAUGUACGUCAUUACAGCAGUUUGAGCACUAUGCUAGUCGGUGUGGGUGCUGUAGACACCAUCAUUGCUUCCUCAAACCCCACCACAAACACCAUCGAGGGCCCUAAUGUGGUGAUGUACGGAGGUGCGCUAUACUACAACUGCUAUUAUUCACCCUCUGUGUGUCGCUUCAACAUCUCUGCCCGCUCCGUCACUAAUACACAGCUUCCAAAAAACACCGGCUACUAUAACAAGUUUCCUUUCGGCCACUUGGGCGCCGAGUACAGCUACACAGACCUGGAUUUGGCCACAGAUGAGUCUGGUGUCUGGGUGGUCUACUCAACUCCAGAGAAUUUUGGCAAUAUGAUCCUUAGUGAAUUGAUAGAAGGAAGUCCUCCGUCUCUGGGUCGGACGUGGAAUACGUCAGUGUACAAGCGCACUGUCACGAACACCUUCAUGGUAUGUGGAGUGCUUUACGCCACACGAUUCCUGGACAAACAGACGGAAGAGAUUUUCUACUCGUUUGACACGGAGACAGGAGAGGAGCGCUUCAAUCUAAAGAUCCGCAUACAGAAGAUGCAGACCAACAUCCAGUCUCUGAAUUAUAACCCACGAGACCGAAUGCUCUACGCCUACAGCGACGCCUACAUCGUCUCGUACAGCACCGUCUUUAAGUAACUGCUCAUCUUUACCCCUCUGAUUACUGAUUUUAUCAUACUGCUGUGUGACAAUGAAUGAAUCAUUUACAUUUUAUUGCACAUUAUGUAUUUUGUGCUUUGUCAAAAUCUCACCUCUUUAUGAAUGAUUAUCUUGAUUAUUCUGGAAAUGUUUCUUUGCCAAUAAAACAUGUCUAUGCUGAUGAUCAA